AGAGUGAAAUAAUGGAUCAACUUUUGCUAUAAAUACCUCAACACUUCAAAUAUCCCAUUUUAUCAUAAGAAGUGAUCAAAAUAUGGCGAGGACUCUGAAAUAUGUUUAUUUGUUCGCUUUCUAUUUUAUGUUCACCUUCCUUGCUGACGCAACUGAUCAGUCACAAGUCCAUUACUCGGCCACUCCACACAGCCAAGGAGUAGCUCCUCAUGUUGCACAUGAAGAUGUCAUAGGUCGUUAUUGGAAGCAAAAGUUUCCUAAUAGAUUUUUUCUUUUGGGGUGGCUGCCGUGCAGCCAUAACUUCAUCUGUCGGAAGAGAUGCUUGAAAAUGUUUCCGAAGACGCUACAAUAUGACUCAACUUUGUGAAGCAAUAUGAUAAGAAAAAUUGUCCCUCUGCUCGUGUAACGAGCUUGACAUUGAAGUUUGUAUGCUGUUGACACAUGGAGAGUAUGUUGACUGAUGAGCUACAUGGCAACUGGUGCCUGGAUGUGUAUCACACAAGGAUAGAAUAAACACUGUCGUUUGGGUUGUAAGUAGUUAGAUACGUAGUCGUUUUAUUUGUAAUUCUGUUAGUUCUGUUAGUUCUGUUAGUUGAAUUCAAUUCCUGUUGUUAGGCAAAACUUGAAGGAAUCUUAUAUAAAAGGGCAGAAGGGCUUGAGGGAGGAUUCAUUCAGUUGAAUGUAUAUCAUAUUAGAUCUGGAGGUUUCAGUAACAGAACAAUUUGACUACUACAAGUGGUAUCAAAGCCCUAAGAUCCAUUGUGCUUGCUCAGUUACCAUGACAAAAACGAUAUCGGCGUCACACGAAGUUCAGGAAUUACAGGAUGGAUUUUCCACAUUGCAGCUGGAGAUUGCAGGAGUCCAGGAGAGUUUACGGCAGAAUCAAGCGGAGAUGGUACAAACACAAGAGGAUCUCUGCAAACGACAAGAAGAUCAGUUUCGUAAACUCCAAUUGCUGCUCAAGUUCAAGGAGACAGAGUUCGUGGACGGUAAUGGCAGAAAUGGUGAAUCCAACAGGAAUGGAGAUCAAGCCUUCCAGAUUAAUUCUUCCGGUAAGGCAUUUCAAACUCAGCCUUUGCGCCUUGAUUUUCCUCGAAUUGACGGGGAUGAUCCUGAAGGUUGGUGUUAUCUUUCUUCUCAUUUUUACGAUUACUAUGAUGUGAAUUUUAAUUGUACUCGCAAGUGUACGAAUCAUUUGCAGUUAAUGGAUUGCAAAUACGAGGACGAUCCCAUAGGGAAUUGUUUAGAUAUUGAUAAGAAAUUGUCGCCCAAGCAAAGACUUUCAUCCUUCUGA